AUGGACAAGGAACUCUCCAUCCUCUGUUUCGGCGCUUCCCUUACAGCUGGAUACUACCAUUUUGGAUGCGAGUAUCAUCCAUAUGCCUUGAGACUGAAGGAGAAACUGCAGGCAGCCUUUCCCACCACCAAAUUCACUGUUGACGAGGACGGCCUUCCAAGCGAUUUGGUCAUCAAGCCUGGACGAUUUCUGCCUCGGAUCAAAGAAAAAUGUGUGUUCAGUCGAUUAUCUUUCUUGCGGUGCAGUCUGACCAUAGCAGUUGACGGAUCCAACUAUGACUGGGUUAUCGUCCUCGGGGGAACAAAGUACGUUGCUUCGUCCAUACGGCUGGAGGGGCUUGAUGCUCACGUCAGCAGUGAUCUCGGGAGAGGCUAUCCAGCGUCGAAGAUAUACCCUGCCCUGCAAGAGGUGUGGGAGGUAGCUCUAGACAAUGGCGCAUUUGUUCUCGCUCUGACUAUCCCGGAAUGCUCGGUCGCCAGCACAACGCUCGACCAGAGGAGGAACGAAGUGAAUUCAUCUAUUCUCAGUCAUAAAGCCCAGGGAUUCUACGCGUUUGACCUGCAUGGGAAAGUCCCGUAUCACAGCGCCGCAGAGGAAUUCCGGAAGAGAAUCUGGGAUGAUGGAUUGCAUUUCACUGCCGAGGGGUAUGAUCUCGUGGGCGAGGUAGUCGGUGAGCAUUUGAUUGCGCUGCUCAAGGACCAAGGUUUAUAA